AUGAUAAUUCAUCAUUUAAUUCUCACCUUAGUGCUACAAUGGCUCAAGAAAUUAUUAGAUCACCUACUUAUUUUCGGGGGCGCAACUGAGGAUGUUUUUGAUUGGUUGGAGAAAUUGGAACAGCGAUUCAAGAUGGCGAGUUGGUCUGAUGAACAUAAAUUAAAAUAUAUUUCAAUACAUUUACAAGAUGAUGCGCAUCAAUGGUGGAUUCAAGCGUCAAAAAGAAUUCCGACCUGGUCAGAAUUUGUGAAGGAAAUUAAACAGGCAUUUGAACAAUUACGCUGGUAUAAACAAUCAAUUAAUCAAACGAUUACUCAGUAUUAUGAUAAAAUCAUAGAAUUAUGUACGAGAAUUGAUCCUGAUGUGCCUGAUUUGUUGAAAUUACAAUAUCUUAUUGCGGGACGAAAUGUUCAUUUUCUCCAUAUUAAACGAAAUGAUGCUGAAUUAAUUGUUGGAGUUAAAAAUGCUUUACUAGGUGAUGAAUAUCAACACCGUUUACCUUUGGAUAUGUUUAAUCGUCAUCAAUUCAUGUGUUAUUGUAAUAAACGUGUAUGCCGGUGA